UUCGUUUCAUCCAGUCCACCUCCUGGACAAAGAUCCAGUCAUAAGGAGCCACGUGUCAGUGCCAUAUGGACAACUCCAGCUUCGCUUCAAGGAACUUGCAAAGCUCAAAUUCACAGUAGCCACCAAUUCCUCACCUGCAGGCAAAGCCUCACAUUCAAAUCGUGAUCUGCACCGUCAUAUCCACAUCUAACGGUCCACAUUAUCUCCAUCACCCAAACAUUACAAAUUUCCCUCCACACAGCACUACUUUACGUGGUGCUGAUCUGUUAACUUGAUUCCGAUGGCUUCCUCCGUAGCUCUAACCACCGCCUUUUCCACUGUUCCUUCUCUCCGACAACGCCCCUCCUCACACCACCACCCAACUCCACCACUCUCCUAUCCUCUAAAACGCCACCGGUUCACUCUGCCGCUCCAUCACUCCUUCAACGUCAGCACCAAAUACAAUUGGAGCAGGAAAAAACUAUCCAAUUUAAGUAGCACAGUCAGAGCUUCAACUGCCGGAGCUUCUGUAAAUCCGGCACCGGCACCGGCAUGGCAAGGAGCAGCCAUAAAGCCUCUCCUAGCUUCCAUAGCCACUGGAGUUAUCCUCUGGUUCGCUCCUGUCCCCAGCGGCGUGUCCAAAAAUGCUUGGCAGCUGCUGGCAAUUUUCCUGGCCACCAUCGUUGGAAUCAUCACUCAGCCACUGCCACUCGGUGCGGUGGCGCUGUUAGGCCUCGGCAUCUCGGUCCUCACCAAAACCCUGACGUUCGCGGCAGCGUUCUCAGGUUUCGGCGAUCCCAUCCCCUGGCUCAUCUGCUUCGCUUUCUUCUUCGCCAAAGGAUUCAUCAAGACCGGCCUUGGAAACCGCGUCGCGUACCAGUUCGUCUCCCUCUUCGGUAGCUCCUCGCUAGGGUUAGGUUACAGCCUGGUGUUCAGCGAAGCCUUGCUUGCGCCGGCGAUUCCAUCGGUUUCAGCGAGAGCCGGCGGGAUCUUCCUGCCGCUGGUGAAGUCUCUGUGCACCGCGUGCGGUAGCAACCCUGGCGACGGAACAGAGAGGAGGCUAGGUGCGUGGUUAUCGUUGACGUGUUUCCAGACUUCAGUAAUAUCUUCGGCUAUGUUCCUGACGGGGAUGGCGGCUAACCCUCUGUGCGCGAAUCUGACUCAAAGCUCAAUCAAUCAAACAAUUGGUUGGUUGGAUUGGGCCAAAGCCGCCAUUGUUCCAGGUUUAGUGUCGUUGGUGUUAGUCCCUUUGAUAUUAUACAUCAUUUACCCGCCAACUCUGAAAUCAAGCCCCGAUGCUCCCAAGCUUGCGCGUCAGAAGUUGCAGAGCAUGGGUCCUAUGUCUUCUAAUGAGAAGAUUAUGACUGCUACCUUACUUCUUACGGUGGGACUUUGGGUGUUUGGAGGAGUUCUCAACAUAGAUGCUGUAACUGCUGCGAUUCUUGGAUUAGCGGUACUCCUUGUUUCAGGGGUUGUUACUUGGAAAGAGUGCUUAGGAGAAGGAGUUGCAUGGGAUACUCUCACUUGGUUUGCUGCUCUCAUUGCAAUGGCUGCCUACUUAAAUAAAUAUGGCCUUAUUGCUUGGUUCAGCCAAACUGUAGUCAAGUUUGUGGGAGGAUUAGGUCUGUCAUGGCAACUAUCAUUUGGGAUUCUAGUACUUUUGUAUUUCUACUCGCAUUACUUCUUUGCAAGUGGAGCUGCUCAUAUUGGUGCCAUGUUCACUGCCUUCCUCUCUGUAGCCACUGCGUUGGGGACUCCUCCAUUCUUUGGAGCCAUGGUGCUAUCAUUCCUGUCCAACCUCAUGGGUGGUCUUACCCACUAUGGAAUUGGCUCGGCUCCUGUGUUCUAUGGAGCCAACUAUGUGCCCCUUGCUCAAUGGUGGGGCUAUGGCUUGCUUAUCAGUAUCGUUAAUAUUCUUAUCUGGUUGGGUCUUGGGGGUGUUUGGUGGAAAGCCAUUGGCUUGUGGUAACAAAAUUAAACUGCAGAUUUUUGUACACAUAUUUUAGUUGAGGCCAAUUCUAUUCAUCUUUUUUGUAUCAUUCUUUUCUAGAUCCAACGAGUGUAAUUUUACAUGAUUUUUUGACAUGGAAAUCCCAUGUGUUUCCAGCAAACAGUGAAGUCAAGUCGAAUCAAUACUUGAACUUUCUUUU